ACACACUGAAGAUGCCCUGAGACAAACCUGUUCUGUCUGAGAGAAACACAAUGAAUAGAGAAGUGAAACUCAUCUCUUCUUAGGGCUCCUCAUUACUGGGCAGGGGUGAGAUGACGGAGGUGGAGCCGGUGCUGGACUUUGCGUCGUCAGGUCGGUCGGGUCGACGUAAUGCUCUUCCUGACAUCCUGGGCUCUCCGGCAGGUGUCAGCCCCUGCGACCUGCCGCUCAAACUCGCUGAGCUCUCCCUCACGGAUGGUCCUGGAGGGCCUCAGUCUCCAUCUUCACAGGACGUCCCGUCAUCUGCAGACGCUAGAGAACUGAUGACUCCUCAUCCCUCGACACACUCUGAGAACACACAUACUGUCCAGUCCCCUGUCUCUCACUUGAUAUGGACACACAUGUGUUAAGUGUGUGUGUAUACAGAAAAAAUGUAUGCGUCUAUAAAUAAAAGGGACGGGCAAGACAGUUCAGCUGUUGACUGAUAGAGGCCGAUUCCUUCUAUCAUCUUUACAAACUUCUGAAGGAGUCUUGUGUGCAUGAGCUCAUAUACAGUAUGUGAUAUGUUUAUUGACAGUAAGCAGUGUAAGCGCGUGUCAUCCGCAGAUAUGCUGCUGGGGAAUCUGGCACCGUCAGUAGUGUUGCUAACACAGUCUGAAAAACACACAGCUUUCAAUGUCACCUUCUGCCUCUCAGCAGCUUGAGAUGGACGUCUGCUCACAGCUAUUAUAACAUUAGUGAGACAACAGCUUCAGAAAUGACAGACGUGGAGAUCUGGAUACGAGACUGAGCUCGCUGGGACGAUCUGCAAUCCAAAGUCUAAAGAUGCAACUCGUUUUUGUAAAAAGUGUAAAAUUAGGUUGGGAUGUUCGGCAUUUGCGGGUUAAUAAUUUCAUAUAUUAUCGAUUUUGCUGUUUUUUGUUAAUUCUUCACAGUAAAUGUUAAAAAUGACUGUUAAAGAUGUUGUCAAUAACAUUGAAUUCUGCCAAUUUAUGCAGAAGAAUUAAUGUUCAGCUAGUGAUUCAUUCAGGAAACAACCUGUUUUUUUCAAACCCUUUAGUGAAUUUUGUGUGAUGUGCUUUUAAAGAAUGAUUGGCUGAGAAUGAAGGGUAUUUAUCCAUUCAUAAAACUCUCUUUUAUUAAACGUAGUCAUUAUUGUGACCUGUCUGUACUUCUUCUAACGUGAAGAAAAAUAUUGUCAAAUACAUUGAGCGCACAUUACAGUAACCGAGCAGGUAAAAUGCUUUAAACCCAUAGUGUCAACUUAUCUGUUACAGUUUGAAAAGCUAAAGUGACUCAGUUUAGAUGGAUUCAUAGUUCAAGGGUUCUUUGAACUUCACACUUAAAAGCGCUGGUUUGUUUUUAACCCACUUGAAAUGGACAAACCUGUCCAUAUGAGACCCAAGCAUUAGUUGAUAUGACCCAUCAUUUUUUCAUUGUGUAAAACAUCUGUCACUUUGCAUUUUAUUAAAUCA